AUGAAUUUCACAAAGAAGAUUGACCGAGCCUUUCAAUGGGCCGGUGAAAAGAUGGGUGGUGAAGCCCGAACGGCUCAUUCUGAUGAGUUCAAGAAUCUCGAGACCGAAAUGGCUCUCCGUCAAGAUGGUAUGGAGCGCAUGCAACGAUCUAUGAGCGGUUACGUUAAAUGGUUGUCCCAGCGCAAUGAGCUUUUGGAUAACAAGGAGCGCGGCACUCCCAUGGCGGCUCUUGGCCGUACAAUGGCUACCCACGGCGAGGACUUUGAGCAAGAGUCCGAGUUCGGAAACUGCCUGCUGUCCUUGGGUCGCGCCAACGAGCGCAUUGGUGGCAUCCAAGAUUCCUACGUAGACUGCGCCAAUGCUACCUGGCUGGACAACCUCGAGAGAAGUCUGGCGAUGAUGCGAGAGUACCAGAACGCCCGCAAGAAGCUUGAGAACCGCCGUCUCGCCUACGAUGCCAGCACCAACAAGCUGCAAAAGGCCCGCCGUGACGAUUUCCGCAUCGAAGAAGAAGUUCGCAUGAACAAGGCCAAAUUUGAGGAGACCAGCGAAGAUGUCCUUCGUCGUAUGCAGGACAUCAAGGAAUCCGAGGUGGACAACAUUACGUCCCUGACUCAAUUCCUUGACGCUGAGCUCGAUUACCAUGAGCGCUGCGCCGAAGAGCUGCGUCGUGUUCGUCAGAACUGGGCUGGAGCUUCGUCUUCGCCCACCAGUGCUCCCAAGAUCGGUCGCAGCCGAUCAAACACCGCUCGUUCUUGGCAAGAGCCUCGCCAUCAAGCGGUCUACGAGGAGCCAGAGGCCGAACAAGAACCCGUUCGCAUUCCCAACCGUUCCCCUGGAAGCCGUCUUGCGCCUCCCCCUCCCCAGCCCGCACGACCCCCGAUUGGACGCGCCUCGACAUUUGAAGGCCGCUCCUCAUCUACAGCUACACCACUGGCCAAUCUCAGAGUUCCAGGCGCUCCUCUUGCUCGCGUUGCUACUGACAGCGGUUCAUACGGACGCCAUGACGAUGUAUUCUCCGACGAUGUUUCAACGAGCAGAAGCGGCAGCCCAGACUGGGAACACCGCGCUGCCAGCCCUGCAACUAGCUAUGGAAGUCUAAGCCGAAGCACAAGCGGUCUGGCUCUUGGAAAGAAGCCACCGCCUCCCCCUCCCAACCGGGCCAAGAAGCCCCCGCCUCCUCCUCCUGCGAGAAGGGAGAACUUGGGAUAUUGA